AUUCGCAAUAAUUUACAAAAAGGAAAUAAAAACCGACACAAGUCUUCAUUAUGGAUUUGACUAUUUCUCCGGAACCGCAUUUCAUUCCGGGCUACACUGGGCACUGCCCACAAUUUCGUUUUCGCGCUGGCAAAACCUAUGGUAAAUUAACACAUAAACUGCUCAUUGAUCCCUGUGUUAUACACGCGCCUGAACUAAUUGUAACGCCCUCAAAUCGGCCACCAAUUUCGUUGGAGUGUCCUACCGCACAUGAGACCGAGCUGCUGAACAAACGUGAAAAGUUUGUAGAUCCGGUUUAUCGCCAUCCUAUCAUACCCGGCUAUGACGGCUUUGUACCCAAUCUCGCAUCCAAAUUUGGCAAGCGAUAUAUUGCGGCCGCCACAGCUGGCAUGGCCGAGCACGAGUUAUUAAUGGAUCAAUUGCGCUGCGAGCACAGAAAUCUUCUACAUCGUGAUCUUUUAGGCAGUGGUUUGGGUAUGUUUGAAAGGAAACUGAAUGAGCGUUUGCUUCCCUAUACUCAUUACCGUUCACCAUUAAUACCGGUCAAUGGACGUGCAAAAGCCUUUAAAAAACUGGACUGUAGUUUUGUGGAAAAGAAAGAGCCUUACUCCAAGUUUACGGUGCCACAUUUUAUGGAAAAUAACGACGAGGAGAAAUAUAUUGUUAAUGGUUACGGUGGUCACAUACCGAUGGCGUUGACGCGUUUUGGCGAAACUAGCAAAAAGUUGACCAAUAGCGCUUUGUGUGAAUUCACAAACAAUUACCAUCACAGACGAAGUGCUGAAUGGUGCCCACAAGAGAAUGCCGGUAUUGCUAGUUCGUGCUCGAAUACUGGACACUUUGUCAUUUAUCAUCGCACAAUUGGCAUGGUUCCUAGCUAUGCAGGACAUGUGCCUGGUGAAGCGUUCACAUUUGGGCGCACCUUUGGAGAUGCGACCGUAGAUGCGAAACAUUGGUUAGCUUUGCAUAAAGAUUAGUUAAUAUGAAGUACAAAAUUAUGUACAUAUGUGUGUUUGUACUCAAAGAAAUUUUUAUGAUAACCCCCUUUAAUAUAUGAAUCUUCGUGUGUUUUAAAUCCAGUAAUUUGUAUUUUU